UUCGUAAACUGAUCUUAUCGACGCACCAUUGUUGCCGUUGUUAAUUUUAUCUCCACGAUUCCAAGCUCCGCUGUUGGAGUCAGCUGUUCCUAGUCGGAAGAACGCAUGGCUAGGCUCGUGACCCACAUCCCACUCGCGAGUUUCGUUGCUCUUCACGCUGUGUCGCGCUCGCGAUCUCGUCGCGACGAUAAGGAGACGGAUGUUGCGUACCGUCGCGUCGCUGACGCUCUAAUCCAGUUUCCUGCGCGCGAAUCCAGACCGGAUGCGACACGGAUAGCUAAUUAGGUGUUUCGCAGCUAACCAAGUUGAAUACGUUUUCCUGUCAUCGAAUUGUUAUUGCGGGGGCUCGUAGAAUUGCUCCAGGUGAGCGAAGAGUACACAGUGAAAAGAAGUUGUCUUUUAACAAUUAUCAUAGAAUUUUAUUUAAAAAUCAAUGUUACCGAAGUUCUUUCCAAACAACCCUUUACGUUAAUGCACCUCGAAUUUCACUGUUUUUCCGUCUUCCCUCUAUUGCACCUUACAUGUACGACCCUCUUGCGCUCCUCGCACCUAGGUUCAUCUAAAAAAGAAGGGACAACUCCCCCAAGAUCUCCAGUCCGUCGACGUUAAACAAUUUCCGUCCCGACAAUAGAGACGCGUCACUUUGCGCGACGACUUUGUCUACACCCGCUGAAUCGUCAGAGUGUCCUGUCGCUCGCAUUGUGCCCGCCGACACGAGAACACCCCUGCAAACCCUCGUCGGAGGGCACCACGGUGCAGGCAAAGGGCGCACAACGCGUAGCUUUCGAACCCGGACUCGGUGGGCACGCACACACCCUCCGACCGAUGUUUCCUUUUUUCCCCAACGAGUCCCAACCGUGUUCACGGCUCUAAAAGGACGACACGGUUCUUCGUCCUCUUCCCUCCGUUUAGCACCCUCGACGCUCGCUCUUUCGCGCUCUCGUGAAAGGAGUCUGCCACGCACCACGAAGAAAGAAGAGUCGUACUCGAAGAGUGGGGGAUUGCUAGCGUAGCAACGCGAAUGGAGGGGUGAAAUUCUAAGGGUGGGGGAAACCAGCAACGCGAUAGUGGAUAGAGAGCGAGAACGGUGGGGGGUUAGGCACCGAGCAAAGCCUCCGAGCGAUCGGGCGAAAGCAGGGAGCAACAGUGUGCCGCGCGCCGCCGACAAGAGAACGUCGUUAAUUGCGUUCCCGUCGUCGUGGUUGCUGAACGCGCGUGUUUCGAGUUCGAGGGUGCGAGAAACUAGCAAGCGCAACGUCCAAUUAGAUACCCAUGCACACGACCUUCCUGAAUCGCGAGUUCUCGGUGCGCGAGUGCGACUUCGAUGUCAUUCUUUUUUUAUUUUUUUUCUUUUUGGAGCAGUUCGACUCAGUGAAAUUUCCGUGCCUGGUGAGAGAUAGGCAAGAUCACGAGUGCGACGAGUAGUGGGUCCUUUCCAUCCAGUCUGGAUUAUCGUGCUCGCUGACGACUGUGCUCCAAAUCGUCGAGUCGUUUCUCCGCGAAGGGACGAACGUGUGAUUGAAGUGAUCUAUAUAGAAGUGAACCGCGACUCGAGAAACGUACGUUCAGUGGCAAAGUGAUCGGUGAUGAGAGUACAAACGGAGUAAUAUAUUCUUCGGAAGAUCGGGAAAUCUGAGUUUGCCGGUCGGUGCGCAGAGGGCCAGGACUCCAGCCACGAGGGAGGCCACCACGUUCUCGAAGGAAAUGCGCUGCUAGCAAACCGGCAAGGUGUCGCCCGAAUUCUUGAGCACGCUGAGGUGGAGGAUGGAGGAGCUGGAGACGUUGGAGAGCACGGAGUGCCCCGAGUGCCCGGGUCCACCCCCUGAGUUCCGGUUGCCGCCACCCCCUCGGCCACCCUUCCUCACCGACGGCACCUUCUGCUCGGAGGAACCCCUCACCGAGAUCGAAGACUGCGUCGCCAUUCCGAUGAUCGAUGCGUCGUACCAUACGAAUCCAUCGUUGCAGAGCACCGCCUUGAUCAUCACCUGCGCGGUGGUGCUGCUCCUGAUGGCAGCGAUCGUCUCCGUCGUCUUCUGGAAGCACAAGCGGAAAGUGCAGAACCUGUUACCGUGCAAGAGCGCAGCAGGAGCAGCGGCGGCGGCCGCGGCCGCAGCCGCGGCUGGCGGCAGGAAUCGCGUGUUGGGCGACGGGCAGCCGCACGCCGGCACCGGAAGCGCGGGUGGCGCGGUGCUGUACGAGGACCUGCCGGAACCCGUGACGCACUCGCAGCUGCACAAUCACCUGCCCAGCCACCACCCUGGCCAGGCGCCGACGAUCGAGAUGCUGGACGUCAAGGACACAGGCAGAGGAGUAUUCGUGUGCAGCAGUCCGGGUCCUGAUCCUUACACGUCGCAGGACCUGUAUAAUCCAGUCUACGAGGAGCUCAGCAACGGGGAUCAUCCGGAAACGGACGAGGAGAGCGAGCUGAACGCUCGGAACCGGCUGCACCAUCAUCAUCGGCAUCAUCAUCGGCCGACGUCGUCGUCGAAGCCAGCCAGCGAGGACGAGUUCGCCGAGGACGAGCUCUCGGUUGGCGAGCCGUCCGAGGCGAGGAUGCUCACCUCGAGCGGACCCACUUGGGGCACGUGUCCUGCUGGUGGCAGGCCACCGCGGGAGAGACGCGGUAGGAGCCCCAGGAGCCUCGAUAGACGUAGACGAGACAAGAACCACGAUGUGGGCGAGUUCCACGAGGGGAUGCUCCUGGACGCGUUGCUGCAGCUCUACCCUAGCGUCGCUGGCGUGGCUGGCACCCGAACCAAUAGCAAUCACCGCCAACAGUCCGUCCCAUCGGUGGCCCACAGAUUACCGUACUUCGUGCCCCCGAUGCCAGCGACCCAGGCCCUCCGAGUCGAGGAGAACCCGUACGAGAGCGUUCCGGUGUUGGGACCCCUGCACCACUACUCCAGCCAAGGCAGAAGCAACAAGGACAGGUCUCGCAAGUCGAACGACAAGUACAAGUACUCCUCGCAGUACGGGGCCGAGUACUACGGGCUCCAGAACCAGGACACCGCUCCUGUCUACACGCAAGUGGGGACCGAAUACUCGGACACCUACUCGCAGCCUACGGAUCGGCUCUACAACGAGGACAAGUACACGCAACCCGUGUACUACGGGCCCAGGGACGGCGAUCAGAUCACCACGGGCAGGCUGUACCAAGGUCAGCCCGACAGCAGCUUCGGUAGCGACAGUGGGUACAGCCACCACACUUCCGGUACCACUGGCACCACAGGCACUCGCAGCAGCAACUCGAGGACGAAUCAUCGGAAGGACAAGCAUCGGAACUCGCAUCAUUCCCAUCACUCGGCCGACUACAUCGUGUCCUAAUGAUCGAUCGCGUGGGGGACGAUCGAGUCCGAGGAGGAGACGAAGCUUGUAAUACUUUUCUAACGAAAGUAGCGAUCCCGCGUUUCCUUUCGCGUAAUUUAUUUUAUUGUUUUCCUUUUCUUUCUUUUUCGUUCUUCUCCUCUCUUUUGUUUUGUUUCUCACCAGGGAGGAGAACGUUUUAUUUUCGCGAAACGACGGUGCUCGCGGUAUGUUUUUUUAUUUAUUUAUUUCUUUCCUUUUU